CAGUGAAGGUGUGAUAACCUGACAGUGACAGUAAAUUUCAAUCAUACUUUUAUAAUCAACUAAUUUUUAUUAAUAUCCCAAGAUAUAAUAAUUUAUUGUUUCAAGAGAAGAUAACGUAAUAACAUUAAAUAUUUGUAUGUUUUUGUAAUUUAUUCAUUACUUUAUAUUUAUAUCAAUUCAACGUAUUUUAGUGCCGGUCACUGUUCUAUCGUCAUCAUUUUCCAUAAUUCGGUGACACCGCUCCUGAAUUUUGAAGGUUUUGUUGAUGACUUCUGUGUUGAUGAAAUCCUAAUCUCACUUGGGUAGCAACGCAGUUUGAAGAUGUUGAGUUCAAAGCUAGUGCCAGCUCUAGGCAGAGUGCACAGGUUGUCACGUGUUUACAAAAAACUAGUGCAUCCCUGUGAUAUUAUCCGCAGUGUGGGUGGGAAUUUAUUAAGAAGACAGUUGAGUGCAAGCAGUGCAGCCAAUAAUCAGUUGAAAAUGUCAACAAAAGAUUACGUUCUUUCAAACGAUGUGCCGUUUUCUGAAGUGGAUUGCUCGGAGGCGUUUGCAGCACUCAACGACGCUGAGAAGAAGUACGCCCAUCAUCUGAGUCAAGCCGCUUGGGAUGGUGAACUCAUCAUUCUACUCCAGACAUCACCUGAAUCUCCGGCUCUAUUCGAAUUGUUCUACAACAUAUUUUCUGAGCAUUCACUCAGUGAUUUUAAAGAGGAAGCUCUAAAGCAUGUUUCAAAUGACGACUACACGGCGUUCCUUGUUUACGCAGCAACAUUUCUGUGGAACUCGGGUAACUACAAAGGUUUUGGUGACACCAAGUUUCUGCCGAAUCUGCCCAUUGAAAAGUUUGAAGCAAUUAUCAAAUCCAGUCCAAAAUAUCGAUUGCAACCAGUCCAUAUCGAUACACUGUGGAAUGCCUGUAAAAAUUAUGUAUAUUCGUUAACGGAAAGAGAGAAAUCUCUCGGAUUCUCCGAAUCAGGCAUAACAACAUAUUUUUCAUCAAACUGUACAGAGGAAGACGGAAAACUCAUAACCGAUUUCCUGAAAGAAAAUAGAAUGGACGGCUACAACUGCAGAACCUUCAAAACUGUGAAUGCCGAUGGAAAGCCUGUCUAUGAGAUAAGACUAGCAUCUGUUGAUUCAGGGUUUGAUGCAAGUUUCAUGCUGGGUGAAAAAGAUUUCAGGAACUCGAAGGUUGUUGUCACAAGAGGCGACUAUUCACCAAUACUUGCCCAAGUGUGCAAGCAUCUGGAAGCUGCUAAAGAGUUUGCAGCGAAUAGUAAUGAAAAGAAUAUGUUAGAAAAAUAUGUAAGCAGUUUCAAGACUGGAAAGCUAGAGGAUCAUAAGGAUGGCUCUAGGUUUUGGAUUCGUGAUAAAGGUCCUGUCGUUGAAACAUAUAUUGGUUUCAUUGAGAACUACCGUGAUCCAGCGGGCGUGAGAGCGGAGUUCGAAGGAUUUGUGGCUGUAGUUAACAAAGAAAUGUCCAAAAAGUACCAAGUGCUAGUAGACUCAGCUGAAACUUUCUUAGAAAAGUUGCCAUGGGAUAAGAACUUUGAAAAAGAUAAAUUCCUGAAACCGGACUUCACGUCUUUGGAUGUGCUUACCUUUGGCAGUAGCGGCGUGCCUAGCGGAAUUAACAUUCCUAACUAUGAUGAGAUAAGACAAGACGAAGGCUUUAAGAACGUAACACUAGGGAACGUAGUCCCUGCUCAACUAGUCAGUAAAAAGCUAGUCUUCCUGAAAGCAGAAGACGACGAAUUGCUGAAUAAGAACAUUGUGAAGGCAUUCGAAGUGGUGGUGGCAUUGCAUGAGCUGCUGGGGCAUGGCUCAGGAAAACUGCUCAUGAAAAACAAGGAUGGUUCGUUCAACUUUGACAGCUCGGUCAUCAAUCCACUCACAAACAAGCCCAUCGAUUCCUGGUACAACGAUGGUGAGACCUACGACACUGUUUUCCAAAAAUUGAGCAGUCCGUAUGAGGAGUGUCGGGCGGAGAGUGUGGCUCUCUACCUUAGUUUGGAGAACGAAGUGAUGAAAAUUUUCAACCACGAAGGAGCAGACGCUGAAACCAUUCUCUACGCCGUAUGGCUGGAUAUGGCCUACAAGGGUGUCAAGGCGCUCGAGUUCUAUCAACCCAGUACAGGACUUUGGAUGCAGUCACAUGCUCAAGCUAGGUACGUGAUAGCCAGAGUUCUUGUUGAAGCUGGAGAAGGCUUGUUCACUGUAAAGGAAACCGAGGCAGGAGAAAACCUGCUGGUGUCGCUGGAUAGCUCGAAGAUAAGAACAGUUGGCAAGAAGGCGAUGGGCAACUUCCUGAGGAAAAUGCAAGUGUACAAGUCGACAGCUGAUAUUGCCAAAGCAAAGGAGAUGUUCGACGGCUACUCGGCUGUGACCAACAGUGGCGAUUACAAGUGGGCCGCCUGGAGAGACAUUGUCAUGAAGUUCAAGCAGCCACGAAAGGUGCUCGUCAUGUCCAACACUUUCAUUGAAGGGGAUAAAGUGGUAUUGAAACGUUACAAACCUUCAGCUGAAGGUAUGAUUGAAUCGUAUAUUGACAGAUUCAAGAAUAGCAGUCUUCAUGCCAAGCUAAUCGAAUUGGCUGAAAAAGAUGAGAAGCACUUCAAAAUAUCCUCCUGAACAACAAACCAACUGUAAAAUGUAUUUUACAAGUGUACUUUUGAUGAGAAUGUUUGAUUCUCAGUAAUCCAAGGUCUAAUUUGGUUGCAAUAAUCAAUUAUGAAUCUUUAUAAUAUUCUAUUAUCGAGCGUGGUUCAGAAUCAGGUUCACGGAAACCUCUUCAGCAAAUCUUAGAAAAAUGAAUAAUACAUGAAACUAUGCUUGGUAUUUUUAUGAAAGCUUUACUUAGACUACUAGUUUAUACUUGCAACAUUUCUAUGUGAUCAUCUCAUGUUCAUCGAGAAUUUUUGUUAAUAACAUUAUUCAUUACUUUCAAUAGUAUUAUGAACUGAACUGAUCCUACUCUAUUGUAUUUUUCUAAAAAUAAUAUAUUUUUCAGUUCAUGUUUGUACAAGAACUUGCUAACAUGUUUCUGUAUUCUCUUAUUGCA